AUGGUAGAGAUCUGCAUUUACAGUGAUCUUGUGACGCAGAGAAUUAUGCAUGUUGAGGCCUUAAGGAAUCGCACCUAUGCCGGAGUGGUUGCGAAAAACUGUGGCCUCACAGGCAUGCGACUGUGCAGUCUCUGCGGCCCCAAGCGCGCCCUCAUACACGCUCACGCAGCACACGAAAUGAGUGCUACGCUCCUUGGGAUGCGAUUGGGUGGUCACCAGGUAGCAGCUCUUACUCACGCUUUUGUCGGUGUGAUCAGAGCAAAACUGCUUCUGCAUUACCGAAAGAUGCCUCAUGUGUUGUGGAUUGCGCUCCUGCUAGUGCCUGUGAUCCGUGCAGAAGCUGGCAAUUUGCUUUACUUAACUUUCAAUGAAAAUGUGAACUCCACAGUAACCCAAAAAUUUUUUGACGAAAUCUACAAAAGUGAAAGCGACAGUAAGCUUCCCAAAAAGGUUACUUUUGCCAAUCUCCGUAUUUCUGAAAGUCCUGAGUCACCCAGUGGAAUUUUUGGUGCAAAAGGCUACUUCACAGGUCUGAGAACCUUCUCCACGACUCCGUUCAAAUCUUGCCACGCCGACGAUGUGUAUGUAGCGUCGCUGAGCAUAAACCCAGCCGAGUUGCUUGCAGCCUGCAUAAAGCUGUUGGAAAGGAUGCGAGACGAAACACAGGCCUCUGCCACUGAAAAAACAGUGAUAGCCAUACCUAAGUACAUGAUGCUUCCAUUUAUAUCCGUCGCCCAGGAAUUGAGAACGAAAAUGCUGAUCUUCUGGUAUCAGGAUGUGAAUGAUGCCGGCAUUUUAACAACCAAAAUUAAUGAAGCCAACGCCAACAAUGUGCUCCUAUUAUUACCGUCGGCACACUUGAAUAGCGUUCUCGAAAGCGAUGGUGCUUUGCCUGCGUUACCUCGUGGACAGGAGGUGCGAAACGCAAAUAUUUCCGUGGUUCAUGUUGGAAAUACCAUCAACUUGAGUUCAGGGACAGUGGAUACGUUGGAAGACAAGUUGGCCCAUGACACGGCUUAUGUGGCCAAGGCUUAUAUAGACAUUGUCUGCAACAAAUCUGUCCAAGUUAAGGACAUGACAAUUAAGGGAACUACAGGUGACUUCAACAUGACAAAUCUUAAUUCACCCAGAGAGACUGUCAUCUUGACAAUUACCAGAGGUCUAAUCAGCCCUCCUGAAGUUGUUGGAAAUAUUUCAAUAACACAAGGUGGGAUCACCAUUAAUGGAUCCUUUAAUGAAAUGUUCACCUUCUCGGAUAGCGCAAUGAAGGAGAUUUUGACUUCUCGUAGUAUCCGACUUGCCGUUGUGCUGACUCCACCAUUUGCUAUGUUGGAUAAGAAGGCUAUUCAGCCAUCCAGAACACCCAGUCCUUGCGAUAUUACUCAACUGAGCGGUCUGUCAGUCGACGUAGUUCGGGAGAUCCUCACUCCACUCGGAGUGACUUACCAAUGCACAUGUUACCCUUCGAGUCUUCGUGAUGAUUCCUUGCAAAGUGUUUACAAUGGGUUGGCAGACAUGGCGGUUGGAGGAUUCGCGGUGGUACCUCAACUAAGGGAUAAUUUCGAUUUCAUAAGCAACUUCCUCUACUUUACCUUCUCGAUUUUGGAGAAACCGCUUACCAGCACGGAGACAACCUCUCUCUGGCUAUUCUUCAAACCUCUUUCCGCCGGCACAUGGGUUAUGGUGGUAUUUUGUUGUUUUGUGGUAGCGCUGGUCCUGGCCACACUCAACUACUUCUCACCAAACCAAUUGGACUACGGCUUCAUUGAGUCCAUUUUCGUCACCUUUGGGUGCCUUUUCCAAGGUCUCACCAUCUCCCCACCCAACACCUGGUCCAGCCGCUUCAUGCAGUGUGUCUGGUGGCUCUUUGUCCUCUUUUUCAUUGUCAUCUACAUUGCUAACUAUGCAGCCAUCAUAAUGAGCAACGGCAUUCAAAGUGAAGCCACUGGGUUCACGGCCCUGCUGGUUGACCCGUCUACUCCUUUUGGGGCAAUACCCAAUUCUAUGGCUGCCGCACAGUUAGAUUUCUCCCAAGAAUUGGAAAUACAAAAAGUCAAUUAUCUUAGUACAAAACUCUAUCCUCAAGAUGAUACAAGUGGUAUCACCAUCGAGGAUCGCGUGAAGGAGGUUAGUGAAGGAAAAUACAGACUCAUCGGAGACAGCUUUUCUCUCGAAUACUUCGCAUCGAACUACUGUCUAGUUGUUAGUGGAGAGUUCUCCUCCCAACAGUACGCUAUCAUCCUCAAGAGGGGUACCGUUUAUACCACCUUCCUAAACAACAUACUCACAAAUCUGACCAAUAAAGGAAAUAUCAAAGCUAUAAUUGACAAGUACAUCACUCCUCCUGGGACCAGUUCAUGCAAAGUGCCCAUAAAGCAGCAAUCCAUUGACGAAGGCGUCCGCCAUGCUAUUACCCUGACCGAAGUUGGUGGUAUCUUCAUCCUCAUGCUCAUCGGCAUUGCAGUUGCCAUCAUUCUCUCGAUAAUCGAUUGCCUGUUCACUCAAAAAUUGAUACCUCUAGCCGACCGUAUGAUGCGCUCGGAAACACGAGUCCGACUUCGCAACUUCUUCUGA